AUGGAAGAAAUGAGCCACUCGGUAAGGAAGCGCGCGGCUACCUACAGUGGUACACAAGAGAAACCGGGUGGUAACGUCAACGCUAGACCACCCACACCACCUUUCAGAAAUCAAAAUCCUAAUAACACCCAACGAACACCCCAACAACAAACCCUUCAUCGACAAGCGUCUUUACCCAUCAACCUUGAUGAUCGGAAUGUCAACUCCAAUCGUAGAGGUAAUCGAGAUCGCGGCAAUCCCGCGGAUGAAGACCCAUUUUUCAAUAUCGACGACUUGAGGAAUGCAAUCCCUGAUGAUGAACCUUAUAGUGUUCCCGGUUAUCAAUCGCUGGAACAUGUAAGCAUUCAUACAGAAAACUCGGAUGAUGGUGGUUAUUAUGAUGAUCGAGUGGACGAUGAUGAAGAUUGGGGAUAUAUCAAUCAGGGUAAUGGCUACCAUGCAAGAGGGUACGAAGAUGAAGAUUUUGGCUAUCAAAAUGCCAACUACGUAGGGGAGGACGAUUAUGGUCAUGGGAAUAGAAGGAAUGGUGGUUAUGAGAAUAACCGCCAACCACAAAAUAACAACCAAAGGAAUCGAAAUGACGGGUAUUACAAUAACAAUAAUAAUGGCAACCCUAAUCGGAUUCCUCGUUUUGUGGGGGGUGGCAAUCAAAGAGGUAACCAAGGUAGGAAUCAAGUAAGGGGUGAGAGAAGGGAUGAGAGAUGA